UCAUGCCAAGAGUUCUUCUAUACCCUUCUUGCUAGGCCAACCCAAACCACCGCCCCUUCUCCUCCGGUGGCUCCACCAUCUACGACAUGGGCUCGGACGGCGAUCACGAUGACCUUUCACAGUGUUCCUUCCUUCAAAGUCAUGGACGACCCUCAUACAAUAUAAACAACAAGAUAAUGCUCACAGCAAUUAUUUCAUUAUCAGUUGUGGUCGUAGUUGUUACAAUACUGCACUUAUAUGCAAGAUGUGUCCUCCGACGCCAAGCCCGCCGCCGAGCCGCCAUUCGCUGGCAACUGGGCAUUACCGGAUCUGCUCGUGUGCACUCCGGUGAGCCACCCAAGACAGGGCUCGAUCCGAUUGUCAUCGACUCACUACCAAUUUUUGCUUUCAAUCAAACAAACGGUGAAGAUGAAGUGGAGGCAAUUGAAUGUUCUGUUUGUUUGAGCAUGUUAGAGGAUGGUGAAAUGGCUAGGCCUUUACCAAACUGCAACCACACUUUUCAUGCAGAGUGCAUUAAUAAGUGGCUGAGUUCUCACUCCACAUGUCCCGUUUGCCGAACAGAGGCACAGCCCCGGCUUUCUCCGGAGCCUCGAGAACCAGCAGCCGGGAUUCCUCCGCCAACGGCUCCACCGUUGGACCGAGUUAACUCAGCCAUGGAGGGGACAUCAGAAGGUGCAGCACAGUCCUUGGCUAAAGUUAGUGGAUCAAACUCACGGUUGAGUUCGUUUAGAAGAAUUCUUAGUAGAGAGAGAUCAUCAAGGCAAAUUCAAUCUUGUGAAGAUAUAGAAGACCUUGAGAGACAGUGACUAUAGAAUACAGAUAUAAUUAAGCAUUCCUUUAUUAUGAUGCUUCUGCUACUUACACUCAUGUGCUUGUAGAUUUUUCGUUCCCUUUUGUUACUAGAAACCAACACAUAGUACACAUAAUAAAUUUCUUUGCUCCGGUCAUCGGACGGUGAGAUUUUGUGUGUGUGUUCGAGGUUUGUUAGAAGAGUUGUUUAUGUUAUCUAUGAGUGAG